CCUCACAUCCAACGUAAUUGCGCUCAGCUGUUGCUCUGUGAUGUUCCUCCACCUGCUUUGCACGGACGUCUCGGGUCGUGUUAAAACUCAAGAACAAAUGUGUUAUUUGCCAACAAGAACGACUUUGACUUUUGUACCAAAGAAAAGCCGCAGGCAGACCACCACCAAACCACCAAACCAAAAUGGCCCACAUUGAUUGACACGUCAAACCACGUGUGCAGAGACACACACGCUGGAUCUUUGGAGAUCAGAUGUUUUCAUUUCUAAUUGAGAUCUUUUUAUGUUCUACGGAAUGAAAUGUCGGACCCACGUCAGAGCACCCCAAGCAACUUGACCGAAGGUUACCCGGUGACAAAUCUUACCCUGGUGGUUCUCCUGCUCAUCCCCGCCGUUGUCGUCCUGCUCCUCCUCAACUGCUUCUUCUUGGGCUACAAGCUGCUCCUCCUCUCCAAGACGAAGAGACUAAAGCGGGAAGACACGGAGGAGUUCCUGUUGCACAGAGUCAGCAGGAGGUCACCCGACGUGGAGGUCUUCCCUACGCGGAGGGAGUACAUGUCACUGUCCGAGCCAGUGCUGCCUCACCCGGUUACCUCCUCCAGGGCUUCGUCGAGGGAGAGAGCAGCAGGAGCGGAGCACAGGAUACGGCUACUGAGGCCGGAUGGGGCGACAGGGUCAGGGUCCCUGAGGGCGCCGAGUAGCAUCAGGGCGUCCAGGGCUGGGAGGCUGGACCUGGCUUCCGGGUCACGGAGCCUCAACAAGGCCGGGUGGCGUCACAGCGCGCCGGUGUUGCCCAUGCAGUCCAGUGACUCGGAGACCGAGGUCAGGCUUCAUCUGGUUCCACCCAACUCCCCCACAGAAGCGGAUCAUGUGGUCCAAGCCGGGAUGCUGACCGAGUUGAGUCCAGGCAUCGUGCAUGUUUUUGACCAAGUGGACAUGGAGUGCGAGUACAUCAACCCCCCCUCGGAGAGAUCCUGCCUCAACACAUCCGCCGUGCAGGGUUCCGGCCUGGACAGCGACUUUGGUGCCAGUGCAGGUGUGUCCCUGCGGAUUCUGUCAGCAGACAGUGAUGGUUUGUCUAAUGGCGUGCCUGCUUCGGCGUUGGAGUGGGACUAUUACGACCCUUGUUACGUCAAACAAAACAACGUGCCAAAACAUAAACACCACAGAACUGCCCUGCACUCCAAACAGUACUGGGUAUAAACACCCCCCCUCCCAAAAGUCAAUAUGUUAGUAGUGUGUGUUUUACCGUUUAUUUAUUUUUUAUUUUAUUCUAUUUAAAAAGCACCUUAUGAGAUGUUGGUUUCACUUCUCACGUACACAUUUGAUAUAUUUUGAAUGCACCCAACACGGAAUUUAACACUAAGUUUGUCACGAUGUUGAUGUUUGUUUUUCACAUUUCACAAUAGCCAAUUGUUAUGUACACUAAUAUGACAUUUGAAUCUUUCAGAUCAUGAAUUCACUUUUGAAUACGGUUAAGGUCAUUGCUUUUAACUUCUAAUGAUAUUAUACAUGUUUCUUGUCCAAUUCUGUGCGUUUGGCUGAUUAAAUUGCUGAAUUACUAUCGGAGAUGCUUGAUAUUGGCUU